AUGACUAAAACUAUUAAAUUUCUGUUUCUCAACAACCUCGUCAAACUUCUCGUACCACAUUCCCAACAGUUGAAAUCAUUCAAGCCUAGCAUGUUUCCUAAAAGGAAUCUGUUGCCUACCCCUCAUAGAAAUGUGCAUGUAAAGGAUUCGAGUGUUUACGAAAAUCUCAUAAACCAAAAUAUGUCCCAAACAAAAUUCUGCACAAAACCCAAAAAAGAUGAUAACAAAGAUCCACCAGGUCGUCAUAAAUACCACAAAGACACAGAAAAAUCAGUCAAUGACCAAAUUGCAGCAGAACUCAAUGCUGCUUUCUCUUACCUUUCAAUGGCAUGCUAUUUUGGAAGGACAGAGGUAUCUUUACCUGGUUGCCAAGGAUUUUUUAUGGAUAUGUAUGAGGAGGAGUUGGAUCAUGCUAUGGUUUUCAUUAAUUACCAGUUAUUGAGAGGCGCCCAUGUUACUUUGUCUGAUAUUGAUGUACCAGAGUGUCAGGAUUGGAUGUGCAUAAACAAUGCAUUCAGUGCAGCGUUGGAAAUGGAAAAACUUGUAAAAGAGAAAUUAGAUAGUGUUUUUGAAAUUGCUGAGAAACAUAAGGACUUGGAAGUGAUGGAUAUUGUCUCCACUCAAUUCAUGAAGGAGCAGGUAAUUUUCUAACUUUAGCAACAACUGGGUUAUUUUAUAUGGAGUGUUAAUGCAAUAUUUUGUUUUGCAGAAUCAUUCAAUUUGCGAAUUAGCCAGACUCUUAAAAAUAUCCGAAAUGGCAGAUAAUCCUGUUGGUGAAUAUUUAUUCGACAAAAUGUUGUACAGUUCAUUCGUUAAAAAAUCCAAGAAUAACAGCAUGUAUAAAAAGGAAUUGGAUCAUGAGCCACAAAUCAAAGUAUAUAAGUAAUGUUUGAUAAAAAAUAAAUAAACCACUGUUUGAGUAUGUCUAUUUUUAAUGCAUAUAAUUGACUACAGGUCAGAUGCCUUUAGUUAUAACAAUAACCACUACUUCCUUGUUACUUCCAAACAUUAAAAAAAAUUACCUAAAUUUAACAGCUUACAAGAAAACUUGCAAAAAUAUAUUUGCAACAUUCUAAGGUAGCUGAAAGCUUGAUAUACUCGUACAGUAACAUUAAUGAUGACCACUAGCAAUAUUUAAAAUUAAAAAUAAACCAAA